UCUUUCCUCUUCUCAGAUUUUAACGAAACACAGAACAGAAUAAUAUAUAUAUGGGUCAUCUUGAAGCUUCUCCGUCAGUAGAAACCAUGUCCACCACUUUCUGCUUCCUGUUCUUCUCCUUCACCGCUCUGUUCUCUGUUUUUUCCUUUCUCAUCUUCGUCCUCCGGAUGAAGCCGUGCUGUAACUGCAAUAUCUGCCGGAGCUACCUGACCGUCAGUUGGGCUCGCGACUUUGGCAACCUCUGCGAUUGGUACACUCACCUACUCAGAAACUCGCCCACCGGAACCAUCCACGCCCACGUGCUUCGAAACACAAUCACGUCUGACCCGGACAACGUCCAGCACAUCCUCAAGACCCGCUUCGAUAACUACCCAAAAGGUAAGCCUUUCUCCACACUUCUCGGCGAUCUUCUUGGCCGAGGAAUCUUCAACGUUGACGGUGACUCAUGGAAGUUUCAACGCAAAAUGGCGAGCCUCGAAAUAAGCAGCGUCGCCAAUCGGUCCUAUGCUCUCGACAUAGUCACUGAAGAGAUCCGAACGAGGUUAAUUCCUCUCCUGGCUUCCACCGCAUCUGGUAAACGUGGCCAAGUGUUGGACUUGCAAGACAUUUUCCGACGAUUCUCCUUCGACAACAUUUGUAAGUUCUCGUUCGGGUUCGAUCCAGGAUGUCUGCUCUCAUCUCUUCCCACGUCGAGUUUCGCCGACGCCUUUGACCUAGCGUCGAAGCUAUCCGCGGAGCGAGCAAUGAUCGCGUCACCGGUUAUAUGGAAGAUAAAACGGUUUUUCAACGUAGGAUCUGAGAAGAAGCUAAAGGAAGCAAUUCACAUAGUAAACGAUUUAGCGGAGGGGGUGAUAAAACAAUCUCGGGAGACGGGUUUUUCAGCGCGAAAGGAUCUUCUUGCCAGAUUCAUGGGUUCAGUCAACGACGAUAAGUAUUUAAGAGACGUGGUCGUAAGCUUCCUCUUAGCAGGUCGUGAUACGGUUGCUGCAGCGUUGACAGGCUUUUUCAUUUUACUGUCAAGCCACCCCCAGGUGGAGUCGUUGAUUCUGGAAGAACUGGACCAGCUCAUGGAUCCGGAUCAGGAUGUCGCGAGCUUUGAACAAAUGCGCCGUAUGCAUUACCUGAACGCGGCGGUUCAUGAGAGUAUGAGGCUAUACCCGCCUAUUCAGUUUGAUUCAAAAUUCGCCGUGGAGGACGAUGUGUUACCAGACGGGACGUUUGUGAGGAAGGGGACCAGGGUUACAUACCACCCGUAUGCGAUGGGUCGGAUGGAGCGGAUUUGGGGCUCCGAUUGCCUGGAAUUUAAGCCUCAGAGGUGGUUGCAAGAUGGUGUUUUUGUGCAUGAGUGUCCAUUUAAAUACCCGGUUUUCCAGGCAGGUCUUAGGGUUUGUUUGGGAAAGGAAUUGGCUCUUGUGGAGAUGAAGUCUGUGGUGAUUGCCUUGGUUCGAAGGUUUAAAAUUCGAUCAGUCGGGGCAAAUCAAGAGCCCCGCUUCGUCCCGGGUCUUACCGCCACUGUAAGAGGCGGCCUUCCGGUUCAAGUUCAUGAAAGAAGACGGUAAUGCUUAAUUAGUUAGGUCCAAAACCGAUGGUUCGUCCUCCAAAAUAUUCCUGAUAAUUAAAAAGACUCCGGAGUUCCCCCAUAGGACUUGUACAUUAGUCUUUAUCAUGCAGCUUAUUAUAGCCAAAUUUACGUGACCCGAAGCAGUCAAACUUAAAUGAUCUCAUUGCCGAAUCAGUCGUUUUUCUUUUCUUGCUACUCAAAGUGAUGUGAAUAUGCCGCAUGUAUAGAACAUCUUCGUUCUCUUAGUUUCGUUAAUUCUUACUUUGGAAUAUAGCUUGUGGAGCCUGCAAUCUUUAUAUGUAGAUCUAGAUGGACAACGGUAUAAAUUGUACUCCCACUAAGAUUGAUUUGAAGCCUUUGUUGAGAAACAUACAUGAUAAAACGGAUAUGAAAAGAAAAAGGAAAGGCUGAAGAAAAUGUAAUGAGAAAUGCAAAAGGAAAAGGAAUAAAGAAUC